AUGUUUCUACCCGGCUGCGGGGAGCGGAGGGAAGAGAGAAGCUCGGGGCCCCCCGGCCCGGCCCGGCCCCAGCUGGCGGCAAUCCCGGCUCCGGGGGCGGCCCCGCGGUACCCGGCCCGGAGGGGGAUGGGGAUGCGGGAGGAGGAGGAGAAAGGGGGUCGGGAGGGGCGCACAACCCCGGGCCGGAUUUUGGGCCGCGCUGCCCGCCGCCUCUUCGUGGGCACCAACGGGGUCAUCUCCAGCCAAGAUUUCCCAGGUGAAACCCAGUACGUGGAUGACGACUUCCCAACAGAUUUCCCCGUCAUCGCUCCCUUCCUGGCCGACCUCGACACCUCUGGGGGCAGAGGGGACAUCUACUACAGGCAGGACCACACUCCAUCCGUGCUGGAGCAGGCAGCAGGAUACGUGCAUGCUGGCUUUCCGUACACCACCGGCACCUUUGUACCCAGCAGCGUCUUCGUCGCCACCUGGGAGGAUGUGGGAGCCCACGGAGAACCCCCUGGAAAGCUCAACACCUUCCAAGCCAUUCUAGCCUACAAUGAGGAGGACACCUAUGCCAUCUUCCUCUACCCAGAGGGUGGCCUCCAGUUCCUGGGCACGCGGCCCAAGGAGUCCUACAACGUGCAGCUGGAGCUGCCAGCCAGGGUGGGCUUCAGCCGCGGGGAUGGCGACGAUGGGAAGCGAGAGGGGCACUCAUACAACGUGGCCAGCAGCCAGCAGGAACUGCAGCGGCUCGAGCGGGAGAGCAACGUGGGGAUGCCCGGAGUGUGGGUUUUCCAUGUGAGCACCCUGGAGAAUGUGGAGCCAAGGAAUGGCCCCGGUGCAGCGCUGAGUUCUGCGCCCCAUGGCACUGAUGACACCUCGGUGCCCACUGAGCUUUUGGCCCAACCUGGCUCGAGGACAACGUCACCGCAUCCGCACCCCGCGCUGCUCAGCAUCGUCCCCUCAGGACUGCCCGCGUCCCCGCUGGGGCAGGAAUGGAGCCCCAGGCUGCACUUUGGGGAUGCUCCACAAGGCCACCCCGUGUCCUACAGCUCCGGGCAGCACGGUGUGGGCGUGGAGGAGGACGUGCACUUUAACACAAACGUGUUCACCUACAGCGCGGGCAGCAGGGAGACGUGUGCCCAGCACCACGGGCGCUGCUCCCCGCACGCCUUCUGCACCGACUAUGCCACCGGGCUCUGCUGCCACUGCCGGGCUGCCUACUAUGGCAACGGGCGACAGUGCCUGCCCGAAGGGGCCGUGCACCGAUUGAACGGGAAGGUGAGUGGCAGCCUGGUGGUGGGUCGGACUCCUGUCCGCUUCCAGGAUGUCGACCUGCACGCCUACAUCGUGGGCAGCGAUGGCAGAGCCUACACAGCCAUCAGCGGGGUGCCCGCGCCCGCCGCCCGCGCCCUGCUGCCCCUGCUGCCCCUUGGAGGGCUCUUCGGGUGGCUCUUUGCCCUUGAGGAGCCCGGCUCUGAGAACGGCUUCAGCAUUACAGGUGCUGAGUUCACCCAGUACCUGGAGGUGACUUUCUACCCUGGGGAAGAGCAGGUGCACAUCACUCAGACAGCCGAAGGGCUGGGGGCAGACAAUUACUUAAGCUUGAAGACCCACAUUGAGGGCCAGGUGCCUUUUGUCCCAGAGAGCACCAGUGUCCACAUUGCUCCCUACGAGGAGCUCUACCGCUACUCCAGCUCAGCCGUGACGUCCUCUGCUCAUCGCGACUACGUCCUCACCUCGGGUUCCACCAACCAGACCCUGUCCUACCGCCUGCACCAGAACAUCACGGUGACAGGCUGCCCUCACGCCCGCAGCCACCUGCCCACCGUCCAGCAGCUGAGCGUGGCACGUGCCUUUGCCCUCUACGAUGGCCACGAGCAGGUCCUGCGCUACGCCCUCACCAGUCGCAUCAGCUCAACACACGAUGAUGCUGAGGUGCCACCGGUGAACCCAUGCCAUGAUGGCACACAUGCGUGCGAGGAGACGGCGCGCUGCCAGCCUGGCACAGGGCUGGGCUACACAUGCGAGUGUGCAGCUGGGUACCGUGGGGACGGACGGGGCUGCAAAGAUGUGGAUGAGUGUGAGGAAGGCCUCAGCCAGUGUGGCCCUUUCUCCAUCUGCCUGAACGUGCCGGGCAGCUACCGGUGCGAGUGCCACAGCGGCUACCGGCCGGCUGAAGAUGGGCACGGCUGUGUGCUGCCGACCCCCGCAGCUGACCCCUGUGAGGUUGGGAGGCACCCCUGCGCUCCGAGGGACCGGGCGCGCUGCCUGCCCCGUGCCGGGGGUCAGCCUGCCUGCGAGUGCCUGCCCGGGUACGCCGGCGACGGCCGCGUCUGCUCCGAUGUGGAUGAGUGCACCCUAAACCUGUGUCACCCUGCUGCCACCUGCUACAACACGCCGGGUUCAUUCUCCUGCCAGUGCCAGCCCGGCUACGAAGGCGACGGCUUUCAGUGCACUCAUGCACAAAGCAGCACGCAGCGGUUGACGCCGUGUGAGCACGAGCGGCUGUACCCACGGACACCAGGACACGUGCCACAGUGUGAUGAGCAGGGCAGCUACCGGCCCCUGCAGUGCCACAGUGGCAGUGGGUACUGCUGGUGUGUGGAUGCCUCGGGGCAGGAGAUUGCUGGCACCAGGACAGCAGCGGGCAGCACGCCGCCGCGCUGCGGGAACCCAGGUUCCUCCCAGCAGCUGACACCAUGUGAGCACGAGCGGCUGUACCCACGGGCAGUGCCACCGGGCCCCUCACCCGUGGGCAAUGGGCACGUGCCACAGUGUGACGAGCAGGGCAACUAUCGGCCCCUGCAGUGCCAUGGCAGCACCGGGUACUGCUGGUGCGUGGACAGCGCGGGGCAGGAGAUCGCCGGCACCAGGACAGCACCGGGCAGCACGCCGCCGCGCUGCGGGAACCCAGAGCCUUCAGAACGUCCCCCAACCAUGUGCGAGCGCUGGCGGCAGAGCCUGCUGGAGCACUACGGCGGCAGCCCCCGCGGCGACCAGUAUGUGCCACAGUGUGAUGCACAGGGCCACUUCACCCCACUGCAGUGCCACGGGGACAGCGGGUACUGCUGGUGCGUGGACGAGAGCGGCAGGGAGAUCCAAGGCACGCGCUCGGAGCCAGGCAGCCCCCCACCAUGUCUCCCCAGCGUUGCACCGCCCAGCAUCCGGCCUUCGCCGCGUCCCGACGUGUCCCCGCCGGCCGCAGGGACCUUCCUGCUGUAUGCCCAGGGCCAGCAGAUCGGCUAUCUGCCACUCAAUGGCACGCGACUGCAGAAGGAGGCAGCCAAGACCCUGCUCUCCCUGCAUGGCUCCAUCGUGGUAGGGAUUGAUUACGACUGCCGGGAGAAGACGAUCUAUUGGACUGACGUGGCCGGGCGAACCAUCAGCCGGGCAAGCCUGGAGCCAGGCGCUGAGCCAGAGACCAUUAUCAACUCAGGGCUCAUCAGCCCCGAGGGGCUGGCAGUGGACCACCUGCGCAGAGCCAUGUUCUGGACCGACAGCGGCCUGGAUAAGAUUGAACGAGCGCAGCUGGACGGCUCGGAGCGACGGGUGCUCUUCGACACCGACCUUGUCAAUCCUCGGGCCAUCACAGUGGACCCCGUCCGAGGCAACCUUUACUGGACGGACUGGAAUCGAGAAGCACCGAAAAUUGAAACUUCUACUGUCAGUGGAGCCAAUAGGAGAGUGUUGGUGAAUAAAGACAUCGGGCUGCCCAACGGCCUGACGUUCGACCCCUUCUCCAAGCUGCUGUGUUGGGCAGAUGCAGGAACGAAGAAGCUGGAGUGCACGUUCCCUGACGGAGCAGGCAGGCGCAUCAUACACAACAACCUCAACUACCCCUUCAGCAUCAUUAGUUAUGCCAGUCACUUCUACCACACCGACUGGAGACGUGAUGGUGUGAUUGCUGUCAAUAAAGAAACCGGCUCCUUCACUGACGAGUAUCUUCCAGAGCACCGAUCGCAUCUCUAUGGAAUCACAGCAGUUUAUCCCUACUGCCCUGGAGCAAGGAAAUAGCAAUGACAACUUCACACCUAAAAGGACCUCAGACCCAGAAAACUGUCACUGCAUACAAGGGAGAAGCCCUUCACUAAGGCCAAUGAAGCAACCUUCCGUCCUGCAAAAGAUUAUGUGGUUUUGAAGUUAUACCUCAGGUCUUUACUACUGUAUUUUUUUUUUAAAGUGAGAAAUAUUAAUAUUAGAAGAAAUGGUCCUGUGAAUCUUAAGGCCAUUACUCUAACUCUUGCUUAUGCAAGCAAAUUUCAAGUCUAGUUUUCUUAUUCAAAUACUUUAUUUUAUUGGAAGAAGAAUGGAUUUAGAAUGGAUUUUUAAUGGUAUGACAAUCUGACCAUCAGGUCCUUUUAUCCAAAAAUAAGCACAAAUGGGAAGUUUGGGGUGCAGUAUCUUGUCAGAUCUAAGUAACCCACAGCCCUGAAGCCAUGUUCAGAAGUGUGCAGAACAGUUUUGUGAUACAGCAAAGGUGCUGAAGUUUUUUCCAGAAGACAGUUCUGUAUUUUCCACACUGCCUCAAUGCAUGUCUUUUAGUAUUUAUAUUAGAAGAAUAUGCUAGAAGAAUCGAUCUGUUCAUGCUUGUUGGUCCCCCAAGUGCCUUCAUAGACCUACCUACCAUCGACCAAUACAUGUUCAGAAAUACACUUCAAGUUGUUAUGCUUCACUUUUUCUAGGUUAUUUCAUUAAUUGAAUAAAAUGGUUAUGUUUCCUCUUGGA